AUGUAUCGGAAGUUGUCUAAGUUAGAACACUCGGAAAUAAAACAACUUCUUACAGAAGCUAAUAUAGAUGUUGCAAAGCAUUACGCAACAAACAAAAAAGCACUCGCUGACUUCAUUAAAGACUAUAAUGGUGCAAUAAGUUAUGAUAGAAUUCAUGAGUUCAUAAAGCCGCAACGCGGCGAGGACGAAGUCCAUGCAAGAGCAUUUCCUUUAAAUGACGUUGCUAUUGACUUAUAUCAUAGACGUUCAGUACCUCAUGAAGUAAGAAGAGAAAUGUUUGACAUAACAAAUGCAAACGUUGGUGAAACAAGAAGAAGAGACGACACACUGAAACAACAGAGAAGAGAGAUGUUUAAAAGUGCUAUAGAACAAGUUCGCAAAGCUAACGAUGUCAUUCGUUCCAUUGACGACAAACCAAAAGAAGGUGAGAGAUGGUUAAAGAAAGAUGAAGAGAAUAGGAAGAGAAAUGUGAAGUCAGGCAAUAGACUCAUUGACUUUAACAUCGAAGCUUUAGAUGAACCAAACAGAGACUACUUACACAAACAUUUCGGUAAGGUUUUCAUGAGACUCUUAGAGAAGAUUAAAAUAAACUCCCAACAGAGAUGGAUGGUAUGUUAUAAACUUGGUGGAAAGUAUGAAUGUUCUACGUUAAACCUCAAUAAUAUUGGAACAUUACUACAUCAGCUCUUGAAGGAGAACUUUAUAUCAGAGAUAGAAGCAAAUGCUGCAGGUAUUGUUGAAAUGCACUAUGACUUCUUCUUGACAAACAUAAAGAAUCUUACUGAAAUAAAGAUGUAUGAUUUAACAGAAUAUGAAGGCUUAACGAUGUCAGAUGUAAAGAAAGGCAAACCAAAAAAGAGACCAUAUAGAGAUGAAAGCACACUGACAAAUGACCAGAAAGCCAUUUUGGAAGCUCUUAAGCAAACAGGAAACCCAGCACUUAUAGAAAGCUUUUGGAAAGAUAAUGGUGAAAAGAAGUUUUAUAAGAAGAGAAGCGGUCAGUUCUGGAAGUAUCUUUGCACAUUACCUAUAAAUCUUGAACGCUACCAAAUCUUCAAUGA